UUCAGCCGACUGCCCGAUGACAACAGUUUCGAAGAUGUGCCAACUCGCAAUACUGACGAGACCAGGAUUCCAGCUGAUCCACUGGACCAGAGGUUGGCUGAUACUUCCAGCACACUCCCAAUGA